CAGAAGACAUGGUAUGACGACUCCAUCACCCGCUGCCCGUGCCCACCUAUUAAUUAAACGCGAGAAACUAAUUGCAGCAGGAUCAACAAAUUGAGGAACAAUCGCAUUCGCGGUCACCAGAGACUGCGCGGAAGAAGAAGCAGAGGAAAAAGAAACAUCGACACGAACAAGAGGAGAGCACUGCUCAGCACAGCAAAGAGGAAGAGAGUGCACGCACACUUCUGGAAAUGAAGGGUUCACACUCCCAGGACAUGGAUCGACAACAGUAUUCUAACAAUGACGAUCUCGCUGCUUCUUCGCAGAUUGCAUUCGAGAACCAAUUACAAGACGAACCUAAUAUUCCUGAGGAAGAUGAGGAGCACAGAGCGCGACAUGACCGACAUAAGAAGAGGAAGAGCAAGAAAGAACCCAAGAGUCGCUCAGAGAGACAUGCUCAGAGAAAGGAGUCGGGCGGCCAGACGGACACCAUCGAUUCAUUGAUGGAAAAUAUGUUUGGACCACCCCAACCGUAUCCUCAGACCGCGCAAUCGAGCGUCUCUCAGUCCACCCCAGCUCAUGUAAACACCCACGCUGGAGAUUACGGCCAGCAUGUGGACCCGUCAUCUCAAAUGCUACCUCCCAGUUCCGUCCACGAACCCCAAUCCACAUAUAGUAGUUUUGGAGGCCAUGGGGCAGAUAUGUCCGGGCAAGAUGGCGAGGGCUUCAACGCCUCUCCUUCAGCUGCAGUAGCCGAGAAGAAGAAGAGGAAGAAGCGGGCAGCGGGACAGGACGCAGAUAGUCUUGCUCACACAGCGUCCGCAGCAAAUGCGCUCAUUAUUGAUCCCGCGCUGACUGGCGGCUCAGCUGGAGCGGAGACCUUGACAGCAUCCGAACCCGGCCGGGACGCAGUUACCGCCCAGUCCGAAGAGGCAGAGGGUGACGAUGUUCGUGAGGGAUCCGUGGAGCUUGGUUCUAAGGCGACCUCGAAGCGGAAGCGUUCAGAAGGAGAAAAGACGGACAAGCCAAGCCGAGCAGAAAAGCGCUCCAAGACAUCCAAGGGGUCUAAGAAGAAGAGCCGCGAAACCGAUCCAGCGGAAUCAAACGACCAAGAGUCGGCCACCUCUGGGCCAUUUACCAAAUACGAGAUUGACCAGCUGACUGACUUUUUCGAAAAGUACCGGUUGGAGCAUGAUAUGUCCCAAUUUGAACUGAAUGAAAAGAUUCAGGCGACGAACCGCGGCGCAGUCGGCAUGAAGGAUGAUUUCUGGACCGAUGUUGCCAAUGUUCUACCCUAUCGGACUCGGCAGUCAAUCUACAAGGUCUGUCGCAGACGUUUUCAUAAUUUUGGCAAGCGUGGGCAAUGGACGGCCGAGGAAGAUGAAAGACUCAGACUUGCCCAAACGCAAAAGCCAAACAGAUGGAAAGCCAUUGGCGAGAUGAUAGGACGCAUGCCAGAGGAUUGCCGUGACCGUUGGCGAAAUUAUCUCAAGUGCGGUGACCACAUGAACAAGGAUAUCUGGACCGAACAAGAGGAGCGAUCGCUGCGCAAGGCUAUUGAAGAAUGUAUAACCGCUAUGCAGGAAGCCAAGAUUGCAGAGAAAGCUGCGAAACGAGAUGCCAAUGUUGAAGCAACAUCAGCAGAGCAGCAGCCGGAAACCUUCGAAGAUCUGGUCAAUUGGAGCAUUGUCAGCGAUAAAAUGGGCGGCACACGAAGUCGGUUGCAGUGCCUGUACAAAUGGAAAAAGCUCAAGGUCAGAGAUGCAGAGGAGGAGCGUAAAGCCAGAUUGGAGGCCGAAGGAGUUAUUCCGUCCGAUCGCGACCGGGGACCGAAGAUCACGUGGAGAGUGAAGCAGGCAGAGCAAAAGAUUGCCAAAAUGCUUCCGGGAGAUAAGUUUCAUCUGUUGCAGAGCAUUUCUGAAUCUGGAACCUACGAAGAAAAGAAUAUUCCGUGGAAAAUUGUCGGAUCGCCCGAAUUCCGCGCAAUCUGGAGCACAACUGAUCGAAAAUGGGCUUUCCACAAGAUGAAACAGACUGCUCCAGAACUGAACCAACUAUCGCUCCAAGAUAUGGUUCUUGGACUCAUGGAUCGCCUGAUUGCCGAUCACCCAACCGAGCUUGGCGAGCGCUACAUUCCUUCUACAGAGGACGAAGAAGCUGCCGCGAAGAAGCGUAGAAAGAAGAAGCUUUCGACGACCGUGGUCGAAGACGAGGCGCUUGGUGACGAUCAUGAUUUUCACAGUAGUAGCCAGCACCAUUUUGAUACCUCCAUGGGCUAUGAUAACGACGACGACGAGCAUGUCAAUGGCGCAAGCCAGGCCCGUACUGGCCAUGCCCGACAUGACUCGUUUACUGAUGAUGUCGUUGAUCCCUCCCUCCGCGGCCAGCAUGGUGGUUUGGACAGCACCCAGCUCCCAUUCGUCGAUGGAGUCGAUCGCGAAAUGGCGCAGCGCGUCAGAUUGUUAAGAGGCGUUUAGAUUUUCUUAUGAACUUUAGUUGCACGGCAGCAAUCUCUAUGAAUGCAGUUUCUUGUUGAAACGAACUUUUUUUUUCCCCUUUGCUCUGAAGCACACACUCCUGUUGUUGUGUUUCUGCGCAGUUGUGCAGUCAUCUCUUCCGCU